AUGACAUUGUUUGGCAACUCUGAAGCAUAUGCAACCCAGACGCCGUUGUCAAACAUUCACCAGUCGACGCCGGUUAACUGUCACAAUAGCUACCGUUUUAUACAAUUAUCGCGUAGUGCAAACGAAAAAACGCGACGCGGUUACAUGAGGCGCUUGAGAAAACCCACAGCAAAAGGCAAAAGUGGUGAAGACACAACAACGGCGGCUAGUGGCGGUGGUGCAGCAUCAUCUUCAAGUGAUAUCAACGUUUCCAGCGAAAAUACCUCCCGAGAGGAUAGUGCGACGCAUGGUACCACAACAAAUAAUACGGAAAAUAUAUCGCCCACCACCAGCACCCACAAAACGUUGGUGACAACGACACCAACCAAAUCAUCGAAGUCGUCACGACGCAACGCAAUGGAUACAACAAAUGGCGGCGGCGGUGGUGGCGGGAGCAGCACAACCACCACGGGCAACCUCCUCAGUCCGGAUGUGUUUAAACAUUUCGAAAAGUCGGGAAAGAGUGAAUUUUUGAAAUAUUUAAAACAACAUUGCCGUGACAAUGAAAGUCCAUAUAUGGGAGCCAAGAGUGAUUUUAAAUUUGGUGUCUCCAGUGCCAUAUAUGAUCUAUUGUGGCAAGGUGUUCGAUGUAACCUGAAAAAGGAUACCGUAUUGAAUACGCUGAGUGAAGUUGUGCCCCUUCAUGAAGACUUCCCCUCUCUCAUCUUGGAUGUGGUGAAUGUAUUGGAUGCGGAAACAUCUCUAAUGACCGAUGGCAUACAGGAGGAGCGUUUAAUGUUCUGUCAAAUUCUCAAGGAUUUGGAAAAAGUUAUUCCGGAUAAAUUGAUUAAAGAAAGACUGGAAAUUGAUACUCUGCAAGAAGUUGGCAUUGUCAAGAAUAAAGUGUUCUAUACGAAAUUCAUUAAAAUUAAAACUAAAUUAUAUUACAAACAACGACGUUUCAAUCUAUUCCGUGAGGAAAGUGAAGGCUAUGCCAAACUAAUAACGGAAUUAAAUCAAGAAUUUGAGGAUGAUGUUACCUCAGAUAGCAUUAUGGAUAUAAUUAAGUCGUUAAUUGGUUGCUUUAAUUUGGAUCCCAAUCGUGUUUUGGAUAUCAUUUUGGAGUCCUUUGAAUCACGCCCAGAACGUUGGCAAUUAUUUAUACCACUGCUCAGGGCCUAUAUGCCAAAUGGUUCAAUUAUUUGUGAAGUUUUGGGUUAUAAAUUCCGUUACUUUGCCGAUUCAAAAACACCACGUUCAUUAUUUCAUGUCUGUUCAUUGUUAUUGAAAUAUGGUGUGAUAGAUUUAAAUGAUAUCUAUGUGUGGCUUUCGCCAACGGAUAGUGCCAUUACCAGUGAAUGGGAACAAGAUAUAGCUGAUGCUAAAGAAUUUGUACGCAAAAUGAAUGUUAUUGUUACCAAUAAGGAUAAAGAACCCGCCGAACCAGAACCUGAAAAGGAAUAUAAUUUAGAAAAAUAUCUUGCCAAUCAAAAAUUUGGCCUAUGCGAAGGUCUACUCAAAGUAGGCGAUUGGGAUAAUGCCUUGAGAAUUAUUAAAAAAUUACCCGAACAAUCGGUAGUGGUACAUGAACCGAUAGCCCGGGCCUUGGCUGAACUCAUACACAUCAGUAUCGAUCAGUUGUAUCGUACAAAAUGUUUUAAAAUCUCCCCAGCAGCAACAUUACAAAAACGUCGCCUAGCCGAUGACUCCAAGCUAUUGCAAAAAAUACGAGCCAAAGACUUUAGUGAUUUGCGGAGUUAUGUUAUCCCAAUGGUUAUAGCAUUGGGUCCAUCGUUACACUAUGAUACAGUGCUAAUGUAUAAAUUGAUACGUAUUAUGCGCACCAUUAUCAUGGAUAUGGGUGUGGAUAGUCAAAAUUUACCACCAGCAAAUAGUGAAUCAGAAACUCUCUACAAUGAAACAAUGACUAUUAUGGAUGCGGCAAUAUUGCCGGCGCUAUCCUAUUUGGAUUGCAAUUGUCCCAUAGCUGAGGAGAUAUGGACGGUUUUGAAAUAUUUUCCAUAUCAUUAUCGUUAUGCUUUAUAUGCCCGCUGGAAAAACGACACCUACCUCUUGCAUCCCCAACUUAUUCGCCGCCGCGGCAAGGCCCAAAAACACAUUAAGGCCAUUAUGAAACGUGUCAGCAAGGAAAAUGUCAAACCUUUGGGUAGGCAAAUUGGCAAGCUCAGCCAUUGUGCUCCGGGUUUUUUGUUUGAUUAUAUUCUCUUACAAAUACAAAUCUAUGAUAAUCUAAUUGGUCCUGUCGUAGAUUCUUUGAAAUAUUUAACUUUCCUCUCAUUUGAUUGUUUGGGUUAUUGUUUAAUUGAGGCCCUAACCAUGGCCGAUAGAGAUCGUUUUAAACACGAUGGCACAUCCAUAUCAUUGUGGUUGCAGAGUUUGGCUUCGUUUUGUGGUGCCAUCUUUAAGAAAUAUAACAUCGAACUGAGUGGCCUGUUGCAAUAUGUUGCCAAUCAAUUGAAAUCACAAAAGAGUUUGGACCUGCUGAUCCUCAAAGAAAUUGUUCAAAAAAUGGCUGGUGUCGAGUCGGCCGAAGAAAUGACCAAUGAACAGUUGAAUGCCAUGUGUGGCGGAGAGUUGCUGAGAGGAGAGGCUGGUUAUUUCAGUCAAGUUCGCAAUACGAAAAAAUCGUCACAACGUCUUAAAGAUGCCUUGGCUAAUCAUGAUUUGGCUGUGACUCUAUGUCUGCUGAUGGCUCAACAAAAACAUUGUGUUAUUUACCGGGAAACGGCACAAUCGCAUUUGAAAUUGGUGGGAAAACUCUAUGAUCAAUGUCAAGAUACAUUGGUACAGUUUGGUACAUUCCUGGGUUCUUCAUAUUCCGUAGAUGAAUAUGUGGAGCGGCUACCCUCCAUCAUUGCCAUGCUACAGGAUUAUCAUAUCAAUUCAGAUGUGGCCUUCUUUUUGGCCCGACCCAUGUUUACACAUCAAAUUAAUCAAAAAUAUGAUCAAUUACGCAAAGCCGAUCCCAAUGCCAAGAAAUUAACCAAUAAUCAAAAAUUGCAAAAAUACUUGGAGGCCACCAAUUUAAUUAUGAAUCCCAUUGUUGAGUCGGUGCGUCCUUUGCAUGGUCUCAAGGUUUGGGAAGACAUCUCUCCCCAGUUCUUUGUAACAUUUUGGUCUCUCAGCAUGUAUGAUUUACAAGUUCCGCAUGAUAGUUAUCAAAAGGAAAUUACCAAAUUGAAACAGCUGUCACAAAUGGCGGCGGAUUCUAAGGAUUCGAAUGCCUCAAAAAAUAAAAAGGAACAGGAACGUUAUAUUGCCCUCAUGGAUAAGCUGCAGGAUGAACGCAAGAAACAGCAAGAACAUGUUGAUAAAAUCCUGCAACGUUUACAGCAACAAAAGGACAAUUGGUUUUUGUCCCGUUCCGCGAAGUCGGCGAAAAACGAAACCAUUACACAAUUUUUACAAUUGUGUCUGUUUCCAAGAUGUACUUUCACUGCCCUCGAUGCCUUAUAUUGUGCAAAAUUUGUCCAUACCAUACACAAUUUAAAAGCAGCUAAUUUCUCCACAUUGCUGUGUUAUGAUAGGAUCUUUUGUGAUAUCACAUAUUCGGUAACAUCCUGCACCGAGAAUGAGGCUACACGUUAUGGACGUUUCCUCUGUGCCAUGCUGGAAACUGUAAUGCGUUGGCAUUCCGAUCAGGCCACCUUCAACCGGGAAUGUGCCAACUAUCCUGGCUUUGUUACCAAGUUUCGUGUCAGCAAUCAAUUCUCUGAAGCCAAUGAUCAUGUGGGCUAUGAAAAUUAUCGUCAUGUCUGUCACAAAUGGCAUUAUAAAAUUACCAAAGCGAUCGUAUUCUGUCUGGAUUCCAAGGAAUAUAUGCAAAUUCGUAAUGCUUUGAUAAUCUUAAUGCGUAUCUUGCCACAUUAUCCGGUCUUAGCUAAAUUGGCGCAGAUAAUUGAACGUAAAGUGGAGAAGGUGCGGGAAGAGGAGAAAAACAAACGACCGGAUUUAUUUGUUAUAGCUUCAAGUUAUAUUGGCCAAUUGAAGACGAAGGCGGCACAAAUGAUUAAGGAAAGUGAUUUUCAUCAGGUUACAGAACGGCCGGUUCGAGCGGAAACUGUGCAGGCAACGGCUACAACACCAACUACGCCAGCUCCUGCUGCGGCCACAAGUACAACACCAACCACGGCGACAGCAGCUGCCACAACUCCACCGAUAUCAGCUGUUAUUAAUUUAACCGGUAAUGGCAGCAAUACUCCAUCCCUGCCCGCGGAAACUAAACAGACCAGCAAUGGAGAAAUUAAAGCGGAUAAACGCGACAAGGAACGCUCUGAGCGACCUUCGAAAAUAAUCAAACUCAAUUCGGGUUCGAAUGCCACCUCUGAACGUGAACGGGGAGAACGUGAUCGUGGAGAUCGCAGUGACACCGCCAGCGCGCGCAACAUGACCACUGUCAUCGAUAUCAGCAAUGAACCGGUUAUGCCAACCCCGAUUAUCAUUUCAGAUCGUGAUACGGAUCGUCAUAGUAGUACUCGUUCUCUAAAAGACUCCAAAAAGGAUGAACGCUCAAGGGAUCGUGAUCGUGACAGGGAACCAAGAGAUCGUGAACGUGAUCGUGAAUCACAUCGUAACCAAAUAUUGGAUGAUGUUAUUAUUGAAACCAGUUCAUCGUCCCGAUCUAAACGGGAUAAACGUCGUGAGGAACGCUAUCGCAAUGAAUCACCCGUCGAAAUUAUAGAAACAACACCAGCCGCGCUCAGUAGUAACAAGAAUGACUAUGAUCGUGAAACACGUGAUCGUGAUUAUGACCGCAGCGAACGUGCCAGAGAUCGGGACUUGAGUUCCGUAUCGAAUGAAAGUAUUGGAUCGAUGCAACAACAACAACGACGUAGUCAAGAUGUUAUUGAUUAUGAAAAAGAUUCAAAACGUCGUAAAGUGGAUGCAUCAUCUUCCAAUUCAAAGAAGCAAAAUCUCGACGAUCAUAGUGAACAAUCGAAAAAGGAGCGCGGCCUCAAGAGCAAAGAGCGCAAAGAAAAGCUAACCGACGAAGAGAAAGAUGCCCGUAAAGAACGUAAAUUGGGGCGUAAGCGUGAGCGUUUGGAAGAAACCAGCAGUUCGGAACAUAAACGACGAAGAGAUGUGCAAAAUGGUGACGAUGAUCUACAGCAGCGGGAACGUGAUAAAUAUCAUGCCAGAGAUAAGUCACCGCAUGUACGCGAUACACGUGAACGUGAACGUUCUCAUGAGAAAUUCGAACGAGAUCGUGAGCGAGGAGAACGUGAACGCGAACGCAGUACUCGUGAUGAACGUAACUACGGUGGCAGUGGAGGAGGUGGUGGUGGUGGAGGCAGCGGCGGAGGCGGCGGCAGCAGCAGUAGUAGUACAAACACAAAAUCAACACGAAGUCGUAUUGGAUAUUAG